UGUCAAAUACGCAUGCUAGCUUUCUUGUCAAAAAGUGGUUAUAGCUGUGUCAAUUGAAGUCACGUUGAAAUUUUUAAAAACAAAUCAAUUUAUUUCACUAGAAGUUAAUAAAAACAAAUCUAUAAAAAUGGCGAAAAAAGGCAAACCAAAGAUUAGUAAAAUAAAAAGAAACAAUCAAACAACGAAUAAAAUGAAGAAGCAGGGUAAACUGAAGCUGCAGAGACACCGGACUAAAUUACAGAAACAGAAGCCUCAAACGCAGGCGCAGCCCGAAUACAGCAGUGAGAGUGAAUCGUCAAGCAACGAGUGGGCUGAUAUGUUGGAUGAAGAGGAACAGAAGUACAUUACGAGUAGACUGGCGAAGCAGCCUCAACUUCUGUCUAAUAUACCUGAGAAGGAACCGGAUAAUAAACAUGGAUCAAAACGUAAAAGAAACAAAGAAAAAAUGCCAAAACCUGUCAAACAAAUAGACACUUAUAGUGAUAGUGGUGCAGAGAGUGACACAGACAACAGCGAUGUCGAAGAAAAAUAUGAGAAGGAGCUCUCUGAAAGACCUAAGAAGAAAAUGAGAACUCUAUUGCCUAUAAAGACUAAGGACGGAAUUGAGGAGAGAACAGAAGAGUGUGAAGAAUCUGAAACAGAACAAGACAAUGAACAACAAAGUGAGCAAGAAUCUGAUAAAGCUGAAUCAGAUUCUGAAACGGAUUCUGGCAUGGAAGCAUCUGCAGAAGAACAACCAGAGGCAAAGGUUGUGACGACUGUGGAACUGAUGGCCGAGAGACGGGAUCGGCUGAACCAUGAGAAAUUAAGGAUUGGAGCUCUUUGUUCUUCUCUGUUGGAGAAUCCGGAGAAGAAGAUCAAAAACUUAUUCCCAAUCCUGUAUCUAAUGGAAGAGAAACUGAAAGACGGCACACCAAACUUAAUCUCAGUUCGUAAAUUGGCUACGAUAUCUGCAGCAGAGGUGUUUCGCGACAUCUUACCGGACUAUAAAAUACGUCAUCAGGACUAUUCUGAUGUUAAAUUAAAAAAGGACACGCUCGCCUUGUACAAAUAUGAAAAAGAACUUUUGGAAUUUUACAAAAGAUAUUUGCAGAGAUUAGAGAAAGCUGCCAACAUUUUUAGAUCCAAGAAGGGCGAUAACCGGAAAGCAGAUGAGACAGCCGUUAACCUAGCCCUAGUGUCGGUCCGGUGCAUGUGUGAUGUACUAGUGGCUCGGCCCAACUUCAACUAUGGUAGCAACAUCGCUCAGAGCUUGAUACCGCUGCUGGCUGCCAGGGAACCUCGAGUUAGAAGCCUUGUUACUGACUGCUGUGUCUCCGUCUUCAGGGAGGACAAUAAGGGGGAGAUCACACUUGUGAUAGUCCGUCUCAUCAAUCAGCUAGUAAAACGUCGGGGAGACCGCCUGCAUCCUUCAGCGCUCGACUGCCUCCUCUCGUUAAAAAUCAGAGACGUAGACCUGGACAAAGAAGUUGACCUACAGCACAAGAAACGGCAAGAAGAAAAGCAUAAGAAGAGAAUUGUUAACUUAUCUAAGAAAGAGAAAAAGAGAGCAAAGAAGCUGAAAGAAGUAGAACGCGAACUGCUGGAAACUAAAGCAGCAGAAAGCGAGGCAGCUCGGAAGAAACUACUCACAGAAGUUACCAAGACCGUGUUCCACAUUUACUUUAGACUGUUGAAAACUGCCCCGAGAGGAGGCCUGCUGUCCGCAGUCCUCACUGGGCUAGCCAAGUUUACGCACGUGAUCAACCUGGAGUACUACUCGGACCUGGUCGCUCUACUAGCCCGCUUACUGCGAGACGAUCAGCUGGGAGAGAGAGAGAAGUUACAAGUGGUGCGCGCAGUGCUGGCCAUCCUGGCGGGGGCGGGAGAUGCUCUAAACGUGGACCCCGCCAUCUUCCACCAGCAUUUGUAUCACCACAUGCUGGCUGUACACACGGGCGGCACGUCGGACUGCGCGCCCGUGGUGAUAGAGGCGCUGGCGGAGCUGUGUGCGCGUGCGCGGCGAAUACCCGCGGGCGUGCUGCGCGCCUUCGCCAAGCGGCUGGGCGCGGCCGCGGGCUCGCUGCCGCCCGCCGCGGCGCUGGCGGCGCUGGCGCUGCUGCAGCGCCUCGCGCAGCAAAACAAAACCCUGGCGUCUUUAUUCGAAACGGAAGAGACGGUGGGAUCUGGGAGGUAUGACCCCCUGCUACCGUCGCCAGAACACUGUGGGGCCAACGCGGCCAUCGCCUUCGAGACUUGCGCGCUGAGGAAACACUUCCACCCUACCGUGCGGUCCGUCGCAGUGGCCUUGUUGACGGACAAGCCGCACGACUUGGGCAACUUGACUCCAACACAAAUACUGGAGCAAUACGACUCCUCGCAAAUGGCGUUCAAACCCGCCAUCCCUCCCCCCAAACCUGCCCAGCCGGCGAAGAGCAAGCCUUCCCACGCGUGGGCUCAAAGCGACUUAAAGGCCCACUGCGCUAAUAUCGAAGAUAGCGUAGAUAUGAAUUUUAGUGAGGCUGUUGUAAGGUGAUUCUUAUGCAAAAUAAAUAAAUAAAAUUAAAAAAAU